GUACAUCAUGGAUCCAAAGAAAGCCAAAUGCCGUACCUGGAGCCCGUACUCUGUUGCGGGUUGGCUUCCUGCUGCACCUGAUGUCAUUCAAGCCUCUCCUCCAAAGAUUUACUACACCAACCGACACAAUGGAACGCGGAGGGUAUCAUGCUGACGCGUCCAGUUUUCCAUAUCCCACUAGCUUGAACUAUGAACAAUGACAGCAUUUGCUUGAAGUUAAUGUGUGUGUGCGCCACCAAGGGUCACUUGUUGGAGAUGAUGUGGACUGGUGAGUCUGUUAUUAACUUUCCUGGAACAGACUACCACAUUUUGUGGCGGAAGUCGCUGCUUGAUCCGGCAAUGAAUUGGAGCUCGUAUGUGACUACAAUCGACAUCGCUGGAGAAUUGUUUGGACUCAGCACAUUGUUUCUCGGAGUGGAAUUCUACAGGAAUAACACCAACCACUUCAGCAAGCAGAAUGGUUUCUCUCCAAUUCCCGAGCCUGUCUCGAUGAAAAGUGCAAUUUGAGUUGUGACUGGCAAAGACCAGCUGAACAUUUGUGGUACUGUAUUCUUUUGAUUCCUCCCCGUGUAGCGCGAUGGGAGGUGGCGCCACUGGAUGGCAACUUAGAAUCUGUUCCUUUCAGUAGACAGCUUAGCUUAAAAAGCGGCUUAGGCAUGCGCUCAGUGCAAA